GAUAGCCGGAGGAUCAGGCUCGGCCGCGUGGUCCGCUUUUACAGAGGUUCAGGCGGCCGCUGGAGGCUGGGUCUUGCUGCCGCCCCGUCUGCCCGCGUCGGUUCUACUGGAGUCCGGGCCCAGUCUCCUGAUCGCGGCCAGCAUAUGGGGCCAUGGCCCGGCUCCCGGGGCACCCGGAGGCCCCCGGCCCGGAACCUGGCAGCGCAGGCCGAGGAGGACGAGGCGGCCGAGGAGGAGGACGAGGGGCCCGGGCUCGGCAUGUCAUUAUCAACGUCGGGGGCUGCAGGGUGCGGCUGGCCUGGGCGGCGCUGGCCCGCUGUCCCCUGGCUCGCCUGGAGCGCCUGCGAGCCUGUCGCGGCCACGACGAGCUGCUGCGCGUGUGUGACGACUACGACGUGAACCGCGACGAGUUCUUCUUCGACCGCAGCCCGUGCGCUUUCCGCGCCAUCGUGGCGCUGCUGCGCGCCGGCAAGCUGAGGCUGCUGCGCGGCCCGUGCGCCCUGGCCUUCCGCGACGAGCUGGCCUACUGGGGCAUCGACGAGGCGCGCCUGGAGCGCUGCUGCCUGCGCCGCCUGCGUCGUCGCGAGGAGGAGGCAGCCGAGGCGAGCGCCGGGCCACCGGGUCGCGGACCGCAGGGGAGCCCAGUGCGAGCCCUGGGGAGCGGGCGGCUGGAGCGAGGCCGACAGCGCCUACGCGAUGUGGUGGAGAACCCGCACUCCGGGCUGGCGGGCAAGCUCUUCGCCUAUGUCUCCGUGGCCUUCGUGGCCGUCACGGCCGUCGGCUUGUGCCUGAGCACCAUGCCUGACAUACGCGCAGAAGAGGAACGGGGAGAAUGCUCCGCAAAGUGCCGCAACCUGUUCGUGCUGGAGACCGUGUGCGUGGCCUGGUUCUCCUUCGAGUUCCUGCUGCGAUCCCUGCAAGCCGAGAGCAAGUGCGCCUUCCUGCGGACGCCGCUUGCCAUCAUCGACAUCCUAGCCAUUUUGCCCUUCUACGUGUCGCUGCUCGCGGGGCUGGCGGCAGGUCCCAUGGGCAGCAAGAUGCUGGAGCGCGCAGGGCUGGUGCUGCGGCUGCUGCGGGCGCUGCGGGUGCUCUACGUGAUGCGCCUGGCGCGCCACUCGCUGGGGCUGCGCUCGCUUGGCCUCACCGUGCGCCGCUGCGCGCGCGAGUUCGGACUGCUGCUGCUCUUCCUCUGCGUGGCCAUGGCGCUCUUCGCGCCGCUCGUGCACCUGGCUGAGCGCGAGCUGGGCGCUCGUCGCGACUUCUCCAGCGUCCCCGCCAGCUACUGGUGGGCAGUCAUCUCUAUGACCACCGUGGGCUAUGGAGACAUGGUGCCGCGCAGCCUUCCGGGCCAGGUGGUGGCGCUGAGCAGCAUCCUCAGCGGCAUCCUGCUCAUGGCCUUUCCUGUCACCUCCAUCUUCCACACCUUCUCGCGCUCCUACACGGAGCUCAAGGAGCAGCAACAGCGCGUGGCCAGCCCUGAGCCGGCCCUGCGCGAGGACAGCACUCGCGACGACAGCACACGUUCAGCCAGCGCCACCGAGGACAGUUCGCAGGACCCCGAGAACGCAGGUGCAGCAGGGAGCUCGUCAGGCCGGGUGGGACCCUGAGCGGAAUGCUCUGCUGAGAGCUUCUGGGGGUCAAAGCCUCAGAGGACACCAAACACCCGCUAACCCAUGUUGUGGCUAGGCCACCCAAGCAAUCCUGAGCUUCGCGUAGCCUGGAGGAUAUAGCAGCCUGG